CCCACGCAGUCACGUGGAGAACAUGCAAACUCCACACAGAAAGCCCCCUAGCCCGGGAAUCGAACCCAGGACCCUCUUAUUGUGAGGCACGAGCACUGCACCGUGCUGUUAAAGCAAACCAUGAUGUAAUAAAACAAAUGCAGCAAGAAAUGUUUUGUCUCCUGCAAAAAAAACAAAAAAAACAUACUUCCGUUCACGUGAUUAAAAACCCGGAAGUGCUACCUUGGCUAGCUCGCCCUGAGCUUCCAUUCGCAAAAUAAAGACUACGAAAGCGGACAUAUUUUGACCUUUAAAUAUAUGUUUAAUCGAAUAUAAUUUCAAAUAAACUCGACGGCCUUGAGCGAAAGGUGUUUGUUUGUAUAAAUGGACAAGGACAAGAGCAGCGACAUCCCUGAUCACAGCUCCUGGAUGGACAUGCAUCCUUUCGUCGGAGAGAUCAUCUCCUCCAGCACCAAGGAGCAGAUGGACGUGGCCAACGUGUGGAGCAUGUUAGGAGCGGACGCGCUCGCUCAGCCUGUGCAGGACAGGACGGAAGCCGCACAGAGGAAAUGUAAGGCCAGGGACGAUGUGCGCCAUGUCUGCACCUGCCCGGGCUGCCCUCUCUCUUUAAAGGCCACGCAAGGAGUCACGUGUGCCUCCAAAGACGGCGUCAGUCCGAUGACGUCACCCGAUGGCUCCAGCGAAGCGAGCAGCAGGAGCGCGUCAGACUCUCCCCCGUCCAGGCAGACCUCCCUGGGCCACAUCUCCUCCAUCUUCCCCUGCCUGUGUUAUCGCCACAGCCAGCUGCUGAACAGAGACGCCGAGCGAGACGCCGCCUUGUCUCGCACUCAUCAUCACUUCCACCGCCACCACUGUCCCAUCGGCGCCUGUCUGCCCCGCCCCCAGUCGGGACCGCCACAUCCCCAGCAGCUCGCCGCCGCUCCCUUCUCCUGCCUGGCGUCUUUGCACCGGCAGCUUCAGGAGGAGCGAGGCCGGCCCCUGGCGAGCUUCACGGCGCAUCCCUGCAUGCAUUGCGCCGCGUCCUUCCCCAGACCCUCCCAGUUGCUCCAACACCAGCUCGCCGAGCACGCCAACAAGCCCUGCGGGUUUCUGUGCCUGCAGUGCGGGAGGACCUUCAACUCGCACAGCAACCUGCGCAUCCACCUCAACGUGCACACCGGCGCUCGGCCCUACAGCUGCGCCGAAUGCGGCAAAGGGUUCAGCCAGUCGGGCGCACUCAAGAUCCACAGGCGCAUCCACACGGGGGAGAGACCUUACACCUGCGGCUUCUGCGGCAGGGGCUUCCCACACUUGGCCGGGUUCCGAGCCCACCAGCGGACUCACACGGGGGAGAAACCUUACCGCUGUAGUCAUUGUGGUAAGUGUUUCACCCAAUCAGGAGCGCUGAAGAUUCACACUCGCAUCCACACAGGAGAGAAACCCUUCGUCUGUACCAUCUGUGGAAAAGCCUUCUCCAAUCGCUCUGGCAUCCGCUUCCACAACACCACAGUCCACGGUCUCCCUCCGGAACAGUCGGGACCAGAAGGGGCAAGAGGACGCCCGCCUGCGAGUCUGCACGCACCCGCCAGACCCGACGGCAACGCUCUGUCCGGCUUCACCCUGCUCGCCGCUAGCAAGCCGCAGUCUGACGGCGAGAACCCGGACAGGAACCGAGAGGGGCUGGUGUACGCCUGCGAGGACUGUGGGCUGCGUUUUAAGGACGCUCCCUCCAGGAACCGACACCAGAGUCAGGUCCACUACUUCGCUGAGGAGGGAGUGGCGAAAGAAGGAAGCAUAAAUGAGGGAAUCGCACGCGACAAUGGAGAAGAAAUCCGAGUCACUAUUGUUUAAACUAACAAACAUAUUUUACGGAUAUUUAAAGUUGGGGGUCUUCUAAGUGUGGCACAGUCAGCCUCACUUCAGAGGGUCUCACCCACUCACCAACAACAACAUGUGUACACUCAUUGUAGAGACGAUGUACAUUUGCAUUCAUUUUUCAUCACUACACUUUGACUUUUUUUCUAGAUUUUUCUCAAGCUCAUCUUCUGGAGCCUAGCUUAAUUAUUGAUAUAUACUGAUAUUGAUGACAUUGUUAAUUUAUUAAUGUUUCAAGCCCAAACACGCUCCGGAUUCAUCAUUGGACCAUUCAUUAAGGAAAACUUCACAAGCUAAUGAGGUCCAAAAACUCAAACUGUAUUGAUGCAACAGUAGUUGGUUAUACUAUCCAUCCAUCCAUUUUCUAUCGCUUAUUCCCUUCGGGGUGGCGGGGGGCACUGGAGCCUAUAUUAUACUAUCCUCCUACUUAAAACUUAAAACUGUGAGCAGGAAGUAUAGAUUCCUUGAUCAGUUUUCUGAACAAUCACAUUAUAAAAUGGAUUUCCAUUCAUCCCUUCAUUUUCUACCGCCUGUCCCUCUCCGGGUCACGGGGGGUGCUGGAGCCUAUCCCAGCUGCACUCGGGCGGAAGACAGGGUACACCCUGGACAAGUCGCCACCUCAUCGCAGGGCCAACACAGAUACACGUUCAGACAACAUUCAUCGUGCCUAAAACGGUGGAGAAUGUUGAACCCUUUUGUCGAUGGAGCAAAUAUGGCUUUAACAAAAAAGGGCUUGCCAAUCCAGUAUGUACAGUAAGUACAUUUGCAAAAAUAAUUAAUAGCUUCAAUAACAUGAAAUAUAUAUUACUUUUUAAAAUGAGCAUUUUACAUGUCUAAGUCAUUUAAGAACAUCCCCAGUAUUAAAACAUAAUUCAAUUCAUAUGAAUAAGAAUAAACUUCCUUUGUUUAUACAAAACCCAAAACCAGUGAAGUUGGCAUGUUGUGUAAAUCGUAAAUAAAACCAGAAUUCAAUGAUUUGCAAUUCCUUCUCAACUUAUAUUCAAUUGAAUAGACUGCAAAGACAAGAUACUUAUUGUUCGAACUGAGAAACAAAUAAUCAUGGACUUAGAAUUGUUUUGUUCAACAGUCCGGGGUCUCCGUUGUCGUAUUUUACGCUUCAUAAUGCGGCACACAUUUUUAAUGGGAGACAGGUCUGGACUACAGGAAGGCCAGUCUAGUACCCGCAAACUUUUACUGUGAAGCCACGGUGUUGUAACACGUGCAGAAUAUGGCUUGGCAUUGUUUUGCUGAAAUAAGCAGGGGCGUCCAUGAAAAAGACGUUGCUUGGAUUGCAACAAAUGUUGCUCCAAAACCUGUAUGUACCUUUCAGCAUUUAUGGUGCCUUCACAGAUGUGUAAGUUACCCAUGUCUUGGGCACUAAUACACCCCCAUACCAUCACAGAUGCUGGCUUUUCAACUUUGCGCCUAUAACAAUCCGGAUGGUUCUUUUCCUCUUUGGUCCGGAGGACACGACGUCCACAGUUUCCAAAAACAAUUUGAAAUGUGGACUCGUCAGAUCACAGAACACUUUUACACUUUGUAUCAGUUCAUCUUAGAUGAGCUCGGGCCCAGCAAAAACCGGCGGCGUUUUUGGGUGUUGUUGAUAAAUGGCUUUGGCUUUGCAUAGUAGAGUUUUAACUUGCACUUACAGAUGUAGCGACAAACUGUAGUUACCGACAAUGGUUUUCUGAAAUGUUCCUCAGCCCACGUGGUGAUAUCCUUUACACACUGAUGUUUUUGAUGCAGUACCGCCUGAGGGAUUGAAGGUCACGAGCAUUGCCGCUUACGUGCAGUGAUUUCUCCAGAUUCUCUGAACCUUUUGAUGAUAUUACGGACUGUAGAUGGUGAAAGCCCUAAAUUCUUUGCAAUAGCUUCUUGAGAAAUGUUGUUCUUAAACUGUUGGACAAUUUGCUCAUGCAUUUGUUCACAAAGUGGUGACCCUCACCCCAACUUUGUUUGUGAAUGACUGAGCAUUUCAUGGAACUUGCUUUUAUACCCAAUCAUGGCACCCACCUGUUCCCAAUUAGCCUGCUCACCUGUGGGAUGUUCCAAAUAAGUGUUUGAUGAGCAUUCCUCAACUUUUUUGCCACUUGUGCCAGCUUUAU